AUGGUCGCUAUUAAUAAGAUUUUCGUAGCUACCAUUGCUACAUAUGUUUCUACCACAAAUGCUUUGUCCAUUAUAGAACCAAUUCAGCCAUUCUUACAGAAGGCAGCUAACCUUUUUGGAUCCAAAGUCACCGAAGUUGAAAUAUCUACAUUUCAAAACGCUUUCGGUCUUGACGAUAGACCAGUCCCUGGUGACUCCCCUAUUGUUCAGUGCGAAGUGCACUCCCCACAAAUUUUGAACUUACAGCUUGUCUCGAUCGAUCCUAAUCCACCGGCUAGAGGCGCUAACUUAACUUUUAUCGCUGAAGGAUAUUUAAAUGAAGACGUUGCUGAAGGUGCCUACGUAGAUGUUGAUGUCAGAUACGGUUACAUCCGUCUUAUCCAUCAGACAUUUGAUUUAUGUGAAGAAAUCCUGAAAGUCGAUUUAGAGUGUCCUAUCAAAAAGGGGAAGCAAACUAUUACCAAGGAAGUUGAGAUUCCAAAUGAAGUUCCACCAGGUAAGUAUAUCAUCAAUGCCAAGGCAUUCACCAAGGAUGAUAAAUUUAUUACCUGUUUGACUGCAGUUGUUGACUUCCCACCAGCUUAG